GCCCCUCUGCCCGCACUCACAGCCUCACACCAGCCAGGCCUUGGGCUUCCGGGCGCUGUGGAGUCCCCUCUGCCAGUUCCUUGACAGCCGGUGCUUAGAGGGCCCCAGGAAGGCAGUGGUGACCCUUCUGACGCCGGCAGGGUGCAGUGCAGCCACUCAGUCAACUGUAUUUUCCCACAUCCAGCAGAAGAGGAAGUCGGCUCUGGGACGAACUGGACGCCCCUCAGAACAGUGCCCAAUUGAACUCUUCUCAGGCCUCCGCUGCAUGAGGAUAACGGAAACCUCCGGAAGUGAAACCUUGGAUAAGGGAGUUAAGGUUGCGAGGCCACAAUGUCUGCUGGAGAACAGGAACCCAGGCACUUCUAUGUGGGCGUGGAUGUUGGCACAGGCAGCGUCCGAGCUGCUCUGGUAGACCAGAAGGGGAUCCUCAGAGCCUUCGCAGAGCAUCCAAUUAAAGAGUGGGAGCCUCAGUGUAACCACCAUGAGCAGUCCUCCGAGGAUAUCUGGGCUGCGUGCUGUGUCGUCACAAAGAAAGUUGUACAAGGAAUCGAAUUAAGCCUAAUCCGAGGCCUUGGGUUUGAUGCCACGUGUUCCCUGGUGGUUUUGGAUAAGCACUUUCAUCCUUUACCAGUAAACCGUGAAGGAGAUCCUCAUCGAAACAUCAUCAUGUGGUUGGACCACCGAGCUGUGAGUCAGGUCCACAGGAUCAAUGGAACCAAGCACAGUGUCCUCCAGUAUGUUGGGGGAGUGAUGUCCGUGGAAAUGCAGGCCCCGAAGCUACUGUGGCUGAAAGAGAACUUGCGAGAGACUUGCUGGGAUAAGGCGGGACAUUUCUUUGAUCUCCCAGACUUCUUAUCGUGGAAGGCAACAGGUGUCACAGCACGGUCCCUCUGCACCCUGGUAUGCAAAUGGACAUACUCAGCAGAGACAGGCUGGCAUGACAGCUUCUGGAAGACGAUUGGUCUGGAAGACUUCGUUGCAGACAAUUACAGCAAAAUAGGAAACCAAGUAUUGCCUCCUGGAGUUUCUCUUGGAAAUGGACUCUCACCAGAGGCAGCAAAAGACCUUGGACUUCCCCCUGGGAUCGCAGUGGCAUCCUCACUCAUUGAUGCUCAUGCAGGCGGACUAGGAGUGAUUGGAGCAGAUGUGAGGGGGCACGGCCUGGUCUGUGAGGGGCAGCCCAUGACAUCACGGCUGGCUGUCAUCUGUGGAACAUCUUCUUGUCACAUGGGGAUCAGCAAAGAUCCGAUUUUCGUACCUGGCAUCUGGGGCCCUUAUUUCUCAGCCAUGGUCCCUGGGCUGUGGCUGAAUGAAGGAGGCCAGAGCGUUACUGGAAAGUUGAUAGACCAUGUGGUGCAAGGCCAUGCUGCCUUCCCCGAACUACAAGCCAAGGCCACUGCCAGAUGUCAGAGUGUAUAUGCAUAUUUGAACAGUCACCUGGAUCUGAUUAAGAAGGCUCAGCCCAUGGGUUUCCUCACUGUUGAUUUACAUGUUUGGCCAGAUUUCCACGGCAACCGGUCUCCCUUAGCAGACCUGACAUUAAAGGGCAUGGUCACUGGAUUGAAACUAUCCCAGGACCUUGAUGAUCUUGCCAUUCUCUACCUGGCCACAAUUCAAGCCAUUGCUUUUGGAACCCGCCACAUCAUAGAGACCAUGGAGGCAGCCGGGCACUCUCUCAGCACUUUGUUCCUGUGUGGGGGCCUCAGCAAGAAUCCCCUUUUUGUGCAAAUGCACGCAGACAUCACCGGCAUGCCCGUGGUCCUGUCACAAGAGGUGGAGUCUGUUCUUGUGGGUGCUGCUAUUCUGGGUGCCUGUGCCUCCGGGGAUUUCGCUUCUGUACAGGAGGCGAUGGCAAGAAUGAGCAGAGCCGGGAACGUUGUGCUCCCCAGAGGUGAGGAUAAAAGAUAUUAUGACAAGAAGUAUCAAGUGUUCCUGAAGUUGGUUGAGCACCAGAAGGCAUAUGCAGCGAUCAUGCAGGGGAACUAAACGGGGCCUGCUGGUGCUGAUGCCAGGCGGUUGGUUCUGUGUCGUCGCAUUAGGGACCUGUGUCCAUUCCCUCUCUGUUCAAAGCUCGGUGGUACUAUUUCAUCACUUCUGUAUUGUCUUUCAAUAAAGAAAUGGAGACAUGUCCAACCAGAA